AUGCGACGCAUCAACGAUUACUUCCAACGUCCGUCAUUUGCUGCGACGACUGAAAGUUAUCAGGAUGCUCGACAAGAGCCUCCGGCCAAAGAACCUAGUCCCGUUCCUCCACAAUCUUCUCCCCUCACGGAAGUAUCGUCAUCCUUCUUCUCCAGAAACGACUCCUCAUCUCCAGUGAGAACAAAGCAGGAACCACCUGGUUCACCGACACCUUCUAUCGAAGAUGAGGUCAAGCAUGGGACUCAAGAUGAGGACUUCUCACCACCCAAGAUUCCAUUGCCUGGCUCGAGCUUCAAUUCUUCGCAGCGUAUUGUCAAAGACGGUAAAGAGGUCGUGAUGGGCUCUGACGGAGAAGACACCGACUCCAUAGGCUCAUUAGAGUCUCCGGCAGACCUAUUCAUGAAAUUUGCAAACACCAAUCACUCUCCACUUGCUUCAGAACUUGCGCGAUCUGACCGUACAACAUCGGCGAAGACCUCUAUGCUCACCCGUCUAGAAAAGCCUGCUCCAACGUACAAGAAUACCCUUGACUCUCUUGUCAUAGCUGCGGUUGAUGAUCAGGAGACUGAGGCAGGUAUCGCAAAAUUGAGGGAGUCCUUCGACAAAGCGGCUAAGGAACCCGUCCAUCGGAAGGGACAGCUACACGAAGGCAUUCUAACAUCAGCGUUGGGCGACGGCGAGGAUGAGAUGGACAUGCAACGCCUACUCCAUGCACUACGGAGAACAGAUGCGUUCGACCCAGCUAAGGCCUGGCACUUCUUUGAGUUCAAGGAAGAGUUACCUCCGACCCUCGAGUUUCCAGCAGAGUGUAUCAAGCCCACAUCGUACCUGAGAUCGUUAAAAGCGAACCACUCGAGAGAGCGGGCGUUCCAUUCGGGUAUUGUGGAUUUUGCCCUGUCGAGGUCAUUCUUGCCGGACAAGGUGAUCUCAUGGAUUUUUCAUUCCAUACCCAUGGAGCCACAGGACAAUAUCAGACAUGCUUACUGCCGGGCUAUCAAGAAUACCAAUGCCCAACAUAUCAAAGCGCUCAUCAGGCCAGAUGACUUUCGCAUGCUUUUUGAAAGGCUGGGAGCGGUUCCAAAUGCGCUGGCUGUUAAUGAACCGAUCCUUCCAGAUGUGGAUCCCAAGGAUUAUCCACAAGCUAUUUCUCAACACCAAAGCUUGGUCUUGUCUGUUCUAGAUCUGAUCUGUGGCGCGGCUGAUUUAUUCGCCGACGACACCCGAGAAUACUUGCUCAACGUACUUUUCCGACUGACCCUCGAUGUGACCCUCACAAACGUUGCCACUAUCAGCUCGUCGAUUGAGAGAGCUAUAAUUACCGUCCUCGAGAGCGCUUCGGAGGAGACAGUGGACGACCUGAUGCAUCGUAUCUGCACAACUACACUCAGCACUUUCAAAGACGCUUCAUUUCAUAGCCGCCUUCUCAAGCACAUAUUGCCAGAAGCCGAUUGGAUUGCGACACUUCGUUGUCGAUUAGCCGUGUCUUUCCUCAUCGACAACCCAUCGCCCCUGCGUGAGCCACUGGACCAGCUGCUCAGCUUGACACGAAUCACAGACAUUCUCAAACGAGAUAUAUUCGAUAUCAAAAAGUACAAGGGGAAAGAUAAGCCCGAGUAUGAUUAUGGGGAGCUUCUGGCCAUCACCUCACUUCUCAGCAUCGCUAUUGAUUCAGGGCGGUGUCAAGCAGAGUUCGCGGACAGAGAAGCGGAAAAGGCGUUCAAUGCUCGGGUUGAUGUGGUUGCUGACCGUCUCAAAAAGAUCUUCACCUCAAUCGAGGACGCUGGUGCAUCCCAUCUCAAGCGCACACUGGCCAAGGAGGCUCUCGAGACCCUGCACUACCGUAUAGUCUACAGCGUAAGGACAAAGCCACGUCCGAAGAAGUCGAUCUACGGCACCAUUGAAGCCCGCGACUAUGACCGCAAGGCCUUCAAAGGUUUCUACCCUCAAAUCAAAGCAAGCGCUGGUACGGAGAUACCAAUUCGACAACACGAGGUUCCUCCACGAUGA